UUCUUUACCACUUUCUGAAUUGCUACUCCCCCCAAUUUUACCAUACAAUAUCUCCCUCUCCCUCCCUCCCUCCAAGUUUCGUUCCCUUUUCUCUUUCACAAACCCCUCAAAAGAUCCAAUAUUGGAAAUUGGGGGAUCAGAAUCAAGAGUAAACUUUUUGUUCAGCUUGGAAGAAUUGUUAGAUGAUGUCGCAGCCGUACACUUAUUGAAAACAGCCGCCCUUUCCCAUGAAGCCACCAUUCGGUGGAGGCGGCGUUGACUACCGCCGCUUCAACGCUGCUGCCUCACAUCCCAAUACGCCUCCUUCAUUAAAACGGAAGAGUGACUAUGGCACGAUAUCUGCUGACCGAAAUGUGAGUCCCGGCACCAGUGCUUUCUCGAACAGCCCCCAUCGGACUCCGGUGUCAGUGAAAUCCGAGAAAGUCCAGAAGGUUCCUAGGUCAAAUAAGGCAAAUAGAGCUAUCUGUCAAAGUCCCACGACAAAUAUUGGCGAUAAUCUCACUCCAGUCGGUUCUUGUCGAUAUGAUAGCUCCUUAGCUCUCCUAACAAAGAAGUUCAUUAAUCUGAUAAAACAUUCAGAAGGUGGUAUCCUUGAGCUGAAUAAAGCCGCAGAGAUUUUAGAGGUCCAAAAGAGGCGUAUAUACGAUAUAACUAAUGUCCUUGAAGGCAUUGGUCUUAUUAAAAAGACUCUAAAAAACAUAAUCCAGUGGAAGGGAACGGAUGUACGGAGCCCUGGUGAAGUGGAUGAGACCCUUCCGGAUAUACAGGAAGAAAUGCAAAAUUUGAAUUCGGAGGAGUGCAGAGUAGACAAAUGCAUAAGAGAAAUGCAGGAAAAGUUAAGGGGCCUGAGCGAAGACGAAGACAAUCAAAGGUGGCUUUUUAUUACUGAAGAAGACGUGAAAAACCUACCAUGCUUUGAGAAUGAAACUCUGAUAGCAAUCAAAGCUCCACAUGGCACAACACUGGAAGUUCCUGAACCUGAUGAGGCUGGCGAUUUUCCACAGAGAAGAUACAAAAUUGUUCUUCGAAGCACCAUGGGACCAAUAGAUGUUUACCUCGUAAGUCAAUUUGAGGAAAUAAACGCGUAUGAAGCACAAUCAAGUGUCCUUGAAACAUCUAGUGUGAUUGAGACUUCUCCUGCAGUAGCUCCAACGGAGGAGGUUACACUAGAUGAAAUCAAUGUGCUGGGAGGAGUUCAAAAGGCAGGCUCAUCCCAUGAUUUUGGGAGUGUAAUGAAGAAGAUCGUACCAGAUGUUGAUAGCGAUGCUGAUUACUAUCUAUUGUCAGAGAUGGACGUAAGCAUCACUGACAUGUGGAGAACAGAACAUGAAGUUGAGUGGGAUGAUACCUUGAACGCGUCUAGCAUCAGUCCACCACGCACAACCAUAAUCCCAUCUGUGGGGAGCUAGAACCGACCUCGUACUACUCUUCAUAAAUCCCGUGUUGUAUAACAGUGAUGCAGAGAUCCAGAUUGCGUUCCACUGCUGCUGAGGAAGUAGCAUGUAUGCUCACUGCACAGCUUCUGGCUAGAUAUGAACAAAUCAUUAGUUGUCACGAGGUUUUGUUUUGUAUAAAUUGGAUAAUUUGCUUCUCUGCAGCAGUAUGCCUAAUUUCUUGGCAAUCAUGUAGUAAUAUUCUUAUUCUA